GAAACGGGCGUAAAGUCAAAAUGGGGCAGUUGGAAAAUAGUUCACGAUACACAAAUUACUAGUUUUCUACUAGUUCAUUAUUACAUGCGUAAAUGCGUUUCAUAGAGUGUAUGCAGCAUUAGACAGAAAAUAAAUGUUCAUAUUUGAUUUAUUUUCUAAAAUAGUACCAAAACAUUGAGCUGGGUAUUUUGCAUGAAACGUUUUGAGAGAGUAGAAAACACGUACGAUUAAAGGAAGAGUAUUUGAACGUGACACCACUCGGAAACAAAAAAACACAGUGAGCACUUGAAGGCAGCCCGCACGUGACGUCAUCCGUGUGGUCCGUUGAAAAGGGUUGGCGGAAAUUUUGAAAACAGCAAAGGCGAAGCUGGAUUCAAAUCUACGUUUAAGCGAUUUCUUGCUUUUGCUAUAAAGUCAACAUGAGCCGGAAACCAAGCAACAGAUAUUCCGAGAUGCCGAUGCGUGUGACUGACAGCAGGAUGAGUAUGGCGAAUGCCACACCACAGAGCAACAAUGUAUUUGGCAAGCUGAACAUCCCAAAGCCUCACUCCACCACGUCAGAGAGGAGGACCAGCUUUUUUGGAAAAGGAGCGGGUAUGGGUGCUGGUGGGCAGAGAAACAGCAUUUUUGGGACUUAUGGAGGUUCGGAGAAAAUAAAGGACCCCCGACCUCUUCAUGAUAAAACUUUUGUUCAGCAGUGUAUCAAGGAGCUUUGUGAGUUCCUUGGAGAUAAUGGAUUCCCAGCUUCAAUCACAGUCAAAUCUCUCCAGUCGCCCUCCACUAAAGAGUUCCUGAAGAUCUUUGAGUUUAUUUACAUUUUGUUGGACCCCACCUUUCAGAUGCCUACAGCCAAGGUUGAAGAGGAAAUCCCUAGGAUAUUGAGAGAUUUGCGGUACCCAUUUCCACUAUCAAAAAGCUCCAUGUACUCCAUUGGGGCUCCACAUACAUGGCCUCAGGCUCUGGGAGCGCUCAUCUGGCUCAUUGACACAGUUAGGGUCUUUAACAGUUGGAAAGGUCAGGAUGUGCUGUUUGGAGAUUUUUCAGAUGGCUUCACUGAGCUGGAGGAUGGAAUGGAGUACAGUAAGCUCUUUUUAGAAUACAGCUCUAAGACCUACAACAAGUUUAUGCAAGGAGCAGAUACCUUUGAGGAUGAGGAUGCAGACUACCUCAGUCAUCUGAAGAGGCUGUAUAAUGUUGAUGAGGCUCUACUGGAGUCACAACAGGAGAAACACAGAGUGUUGAUGUCUGAGGUGGAAAGACUGGAGAAAGAGAGCCAUAAUGAUCGGUUGAUGGGACAGAGGACUGAGAAACUGAAGUUGCACACUGACCUCCAGAAGCUGCAGAGCUACCGUACUCGCAUGGAGUCUUUUAAAUCCCACCAGGAGAAUAAGGUUACAGCGCUGUCUGAGGAGCUGGAGGCAGCAAACCUUCAACUAGAGAGUCUGAAGAGGGAGCAGGCUAGGCUGCAGCACAUUCUGGAGAAUCAGAAGUUCACUCCGGCCGACAUUGAGCGCAUCAACAGAGAGAGGAACGAGCUGCAGCAGAAUGUGAACACCCUGAGUCGCAGUCUUGAGGAGGCCCAGCAGCUGGCCUGGAAUGAGGAGAUCACCCUGACCAAAACCAAGGAGAGGGCCGAGGCAAAGUUGGCGGAGUACCACAAACUGGCACGCAUGCUAAAGCUUGUCCCCCAGUCUGCUGAGAAUGCCUGUGGCCAUGACUUUGAGAUCAAAACAGUCAAUGACUAUGGCCCAACCACCGCAACCCAGAUCAGGACUCAGAUACAGAAUCCUCUUAAAAGCAUGCUGGCAGAUGUAGAGGAGGAAUUCAGCAAUGUGACUAAUAUGAAGCUGAGCCUGGAUGAGACAAUUGAACAGAUAAAGUCCAACAUUUCCGAGAAGUUGAAUGACAUAAAGCAGCUAAAGGAGCAGAUUCGGAGACUGGAUGAGCAGCUGGAGCGUGAUAUGCAGGAUAUGGCUCAUGAAGAGGAAAAGUGGGCAGCCGACAUGGAUUCUGCUGAAAGUCACAAGAAGCUUCUAGAAAAGAAAGUGAUGGCUGGACAUGAGGAGGCUGAAGAGCAGCUGAAAGCAGCCCAACAACAGUACCAUCUUGUUCUUCAGGAAACCAAAGAGGAAAGCAGGAUGGUGGCGAACAAUCUGGCACAUGUCUUCAGUGCUGCAGUCAACCACUUGGAUAUAAUUGAGAAACACUGUAACGACCAAGUUAAAAAGAUGGAAAAGAUGAAUGAAGUUAUCCGUGAAGACCAAGCAGAUCUGCAGCAGCUGAAGGAAAUGGUAGAAAACUUUGUUGCUAGAGCAAAUGUUUUUUAAACAUUUAAUGGGAAACCAAAUGUAAAUAGUUUUGUACUAAUAGUUUUUGUGUUAGUGUUAAAAGAAAGUAUUGUGUAUUGGCUUUGGAAAACAUGCAGUGUCCCUUUUUUUUUUUUUUUUUUUU